AUGUGCCGUCCUCGCCUCUUUUCUCUAUCCACGAAACUCCAUGAUCUGAUCUUCCAACCAUCCAUGGAGGCUGCGGCGGCCACCGCUUUUGUCGGUAGGAUCGCGCCGAAGCUCCUCGAAUUCUUAGCUGCAAAUCACAAGCUUCGGCAGAAUCUGGAGCAUGACAUCACCUACAUCCAAAGAGAGUUUGCGUUGAUCUCCGCUGCCAUUCAGCAAGAUGAUGACUGUCGCUGGAGGAGCGGCGACCAUGUGAAGAGGGCCUGGAUCCAAAUCAUACGUGACUUGGCCCAUGCCAUCGAGGACUGCAUCGACCGCUUCAUGCACCGGGUGACCAUCUCUGGGGCGUCGACAUGGAUCCGUCAGGCUGUCCACCGGGUGCAGACGGUGACAGUCCGUAAGGAGUUUGCCAAGGCGAUCCGCGAGCUCAAGAAAAUAUCACAGGAGUCAUCCAAGCUGAGAGAAACUUAUUACAGCGCCAACAUCGGUGCUGGCACCUCCUCUUCCUCAGUGGCGUCGUCGGUGAUGGCAUGUGAGACGGCGACACAGAUGGUGAUAGAUGACACCCUCUCAGCUGGCCAACCCGUGGGCAUGGAUGCACCCUGGGAGGAGCUUCUCGAGCUGAUCCAGCAGCAGCAACAGCAGCUCAAGGUGAUUUCCAUUGUUGGUUUCGAUGGUAUAGGCAAGACUCUCCUUGCCAGGUGUGUGUAUGACACAAUUGAGAACCAAUACGAAGCUCGGGCAUGGGUCUCUGCAGCGGAGCAAGGGGUCCCAACAAAUGUUAUCAAGGAGAUACUCCAGCAAUUUGCCAUCCCCACCAAUGGUGGAGGUAACCUCAGCAAGCUCUGCGCAAUCCUUAGACUAUACCUUGGGACCAAGAGGUUCUUCAUUGUUAUUGAUGACAUGCGGACAGAAUUUUGGCAUGAUAUAAAAGAUGCAUUUGUGGGGUUGAGCGGCAGAGUUUUGGUGACGACAGCCAUUCAUUCAGUAGCAAAUGCCUGCAGCAGCUCAGCAGCUCAUGAUCAUGUGUACGCAAUGAAAACUCUUGCCGAUGAACACUCGAGACUAUUAUUCUUCAAGGAAGCUUUUCAAGACGACAAUCCACCAAUCGAUAAAGAGGACCAACUUGGCUCGGAAGCACUGAAGAAGUGUGAUGGUUUACCCCUUGCUCUUGUUACCACAGCACGGUACUUGCAAAGCACAGGUAAUCCAACACAUGGAAACUGGGCAACAUUAUGCCACAACCUGGGAGCACAUCUGGAAACAAAAGAGAUGUUAGCAAGAAUGAAGCGUGUGCUUGUCCAUAGCUACACCAGCCUUGUUAAACAUGAUGUCAAGACGUGCUUACUAUAUCUCGGUAUCUACCGUAGUGGUCGUACAGUUAGGAGAGGAAGCUUAAUAAGGAAAUGGUGCGCUGAAGGGUUUAUCCAAGGAGAUUAUAUGUGUAAUGCUCUGGAUGCUGCUAAAGCCAAUUUCAAAGAGCUUCUCAACCGGAGCAUCAUCAAACAUACAGAUGCCAGCAGCAAAAACAACAAAGAUCAGGUGAAGACAUACCAUACUCACGGCAUGAUGCUUGAGUUCAUCCUGCACAUGUCCAAGUGUGACAACUUCAUUACCUUGUUAUAUGAUCAGAUGGCUCCCCCACCUCCACCCAGCAAAAUCCGUUGGCUCUCUCUCCAUGACGCAAGUGCUAGAGUAGUAAAUGAUCUAUCUCUUGUUCGGUCUCUGACGGUCUUUGGCAAGGCGCAUGAUUCAGUCUUGGAUUUUUCCAAAUAUGAACUGCUUCGAGUUUUGGAUUUAGAAGAAUGCAGUAACCACUUGGAGGACAAGCAUCUUAGGGAGAUAUGCAGCAACCUGUUGCUGCUCAGGUACUUAAGCCUUGGGGCUGCACAUAAGGUUGCGGUGCUCCCCAAAGAGAUAAAAAAGCUUCAACUUUUGGAGACGCUGGAUGUAAGAAAAACCAAGAUAGAGGUCCUGCCGACACAAGUCAUGGAGCUGCCAUGCCUGAUUCAUCUAUUUGGAAAGUUCAAGCUCCAGCAAGGUGUAGGAGGACGGAAAAUGCAUAAGCUGCAAAUUUGGUUCUCGGAGAAUAGCAAAUUGGAAACAGUAGCAGGAUUUGUUGUGGACAGCAACAAGAGCCAAGGAUUUGCACAGUUCAUGGAGCAUAUGAAACACUUGACGAAGGUGAAAAUAUGGUGUGAGCAGUCCAGUAAUAAUAGCAGGGAUCCCACUGCCAGCGGCAGCAGCAGCAACACCAACAACUACACUCAUGUCUCAAAGGCCAUCAAGGGGUUCAUCAAGAGAAGCACCGAUGUGAAAAAAGCUCAUUCACUCUCACUACAUUGCAAUGAUAAAUGGUUCCAAGACUUGCUCGUGAACUUGUCCCUAGAAAAAGAAGAAGCUUCCUCCUGCUAUCUUAGUUCGCUCAAGCUACAAGGGGGCAACAUAUGCAGCCUGCCUCCAUUUGUUACCAUGCUAGGUGGUCUCACUAAGCUGUGCCUUUCAUCCCCUCAUCAUCAGCUGGGCGGGGAUAUUCUUGUUGCCCUAAGCAGAGUGCGCUGCUUGGCAUACCUGAAGAUGAUUGCAUCUCAACUGGACAACCUCGUCAUCGUAGAAGGUGCACUUGGAAACCUGCGACAACUAUGCAUCGUGGUUGAAGUCAUGACUGAACUGGAAGUCCAAGAGGGAGCUCUACCGCUCCUCGAGUCGCUCCAGCUGCUAUGUAAGGAUCUAAAUGGCUUUUGCAGCAAGAUGAUCCAGUCCCUGCGACGUAUUAAGGAGGUCACCCUCCAUGAUGGAGUGAACGGUGAAACAAAACAAAAGUGGAAGGAAGCAGCAAAAAAACACCCCAGACGCCCCAAUCUCUUGUUUGUUAAAACAGCAGAAGAUGCUGAUAUGGGAAGUGAACCCGCAGACAAUUCUGAGAGCCCUGUGGCACAAACUACUGCUACAACGGUAUCAGUGAUAACAACCCAGGAUGCCAUUUCUACUGGACAAUCUGUACAAGUUGAUGGUGCUGAUCUACAACAGGGUGAUGAGAAAGAACAUGCGUAUAAAAUUGAUAUCCUAGAGGAUUUUGCUAGCAAGACUUGUCUUGACCCUCCAAUGAACACGGAAAGUUUUGAACAGGGGAUGGAAGGAAUGGUAGGUUUAGAGGAUGAGCGGAUGGAAGAUGUCACUCAUUCUACUGAUCAGGCUGAUCAAAAUGUUGUGCUUUCUGUGGUGGGGGAGAACAGAAGAAAGAGGGCAAGAUUAGACAUUGGUGAAGAUAACUCAAUGGACAAGGUUGUUGAUAGGGUGAAGCGCAAGAAGCCAGAGAAACGAUGCCUACAAAACAAACAGCGCCUGGGCUAG